CAUUGAUGUAUCAAUUUCUAAAAUUCUAUUUAUCUUUUUUCCUAAAGAAAUUAACUUUACCUCUAUAGACAACGGGAGCUAGCCAUGUUAUUGCUGUUAGGCUAAUUUUUGAAGUUUCAUUGGACAUUGGGAAUAUAAUAAAGACAUAUAACAUUUACUGUCGGGUCCAUUUUUUGGUAAAAUUAAUAUUAGAGGAAAAUAUUUUGAUACACAUGUAAACAAAUAUACUUAUGUGACAUUUGAUUUUCUUGAUUGUUUUACUGGCUGAAACGAAUCUGUUCGUUUACACAAUAGAUGAGUACUUCAACGGUUGAAGUUAGUGGUGAAAAAGUGAAAGCAAUGUGGGAUAAGAGAUUGACAGAAAUAUUUUGUGAUAUUUGUAUUAAAGAGAUAUUGAAAAGUAAUAGGCCUGGUACUCAUUUCACAAAAGAUGGAUGGUUGAAAAUAAUGACCAACUUUGAGAAAGAAGCGAGCAAGGGUUUUUCACAAAGACAACUUAAAAAUAGGUGGGAUGCCCUAAAAAAAGAAUGGAAAGCUUGGAAGAAACUUAAAGGUGAAGAUACUGGUCUAGGGUGGAAUCCUAUAAAAAUAACCGUUGAUGCAUCUGAUGAUUGGUGGGAGAGUAGGCUACAGGUUGUACCUGAAGCUCAAAAAUUUAGAACAUCGGGCACUGAUCUCGAAUUCGAAGGGAAGUUGGACCAAAUGUUCAUGGGGAUAGUUGCAACAAGUGAUAAAGCAUGGACACCUUCUUCUGGUACACUCCGAAGUAAUUUUUUUGAGGAUGUUAACAACGAAAUACCUGAAGAGAAUGAAGAAGAAAAUAUGAGAAAUGAUGUUCACAUUUCAAAUGAUGUUCACAUUUCAAAUGAUGUUCAAAUUGAUGGAUAUCAAGUUCACAUUUUAAAACUGGAAGAAAGAAAUCCUCAAAGCAAAUUGGAGGGGUUGCAAGAUUGUCCAGUCAAAUAGAAAAAUUAUGCAAUGCAGCUGACAAUAUAAGUCAAGCCACAUCUAGUUUGACUCCUGUUAUGGAUCCAUAUGGUAUUCCACAAGCAGUCAAAGUGCUUGACAGCAUGUCGGAAGAAGUUCCAGAAGCUAGUUCGCUAUACUUUUUCGCACUUAAAUAAGGACA